GUCUGUUAUGUACUUUAAAUGGAUUGGAAAUAGCUAACUCAAAAAAGACGGCUUUUAACGUGUUAAAAGUAGAGGAAGUGACGUUAUCGUUCAAUCUCAAAUGUCUCCUCAACAUCCUGGUGCUCGGUUAAAACUGUGUCUACUGAGAAAAAAUAUACAGCCCUCAUAAUGUCAGCUGCUGAAGACGAACAACUGAACCCAGAGCUUCAAGAAGAGCACCAAAACCAAGAAGAGGGCGAUGUGGAACCCGAGAUGGAAUAUGGAGAUGAAAUUGGGAUGGGAUAUGUAUUCUACAGGGAUAGAAAAGAAUGGGCUGAUGUUGAUGCAGUGCCACAGGACGAUGGACCAAACCCGAUAGUAAAGAUUGCCUACUCUGACAAAUUUAUGGAUGUGUUUGAUUAUUUCCGAGCUGUGCUUCAGCGAGAUGAACGAAGUGAGAGAGCAUUUCAAUUAACUGCAGAUGCCAUCGAACUUAAUGCUGCGAACUACACAGUAUGGCAUUAUCGAAGAGUUCUUGUGCAGUCAUUACAGAAGGAUCUGCAUGAAGAGAUGAAGUAUAUUACAGCUAUCAUUGAAGACCAGCCCAAGAACUAUCAAGUCUGGCAUCACAGACGGAUGAUAGUGGAGUGGUUGAAGGAUCCUUCCCAAGAGCUGGAGUUUAUUGCUGAUAUUCUAAGUCAGGAUGCAAAGAACUACCAUGCCUGGCAACACCGGCAGUGGGUUAUUCAGGAGUAUAAGCUUUGGGACGGUGAAUUGGAGUAUGUAGACCAGUUGCUGGAUGAAGAUGUAAGAAACAACUCGGCUUGGAACCAGAGGCAUUUUGUCAUCUCCAACACAACAGGAUACAACGAUGCAGCGGUUCUAGAGAGAGAAGUCCAGUAUAGCCUCAAGCUUAUCAAAAAAGCUCCUCAUAAUGAAAGUGUGUGGAACUAUCUAAAAGGAAUAUUGCAGGAUCAUUGUUUAUCUACAUAUCCAAAUUUACUGGAACAGAUUCUUGAACUGCAGCAAACCCAUAGCUCUCCCUACCUGAUCGCCUUCCUUGUAGACAUGUAUGAAGACAUGCUUGAGAAUGCAUGCAGUAACCAGGAAGAGACGUUAAACAAUGCACUGGAGUUAUGUGACCUUUUGGCUAAAGAAAAAGACAGCAUAAGGAAAGAGUACUGGAAAUACAUAGGGGGAUGUCUUAAGAACAAAUACGGCACCACUGAAGAAUCUAAGAGUCCAUCAGAGGAGCAAUAGAAAUGAGUUGGAAAUAUUUGAUGUUUCAGAAGGGAUUGUAUGGGGUGGGGUGGGGUGGGAGGCUGUACCCAAUUAAAAAAAUGUGCCUAGAAUUGUACAGUAAAAGCCUAUCCUACUGAACCAGCCAAUGUAGAUGAUAUGUGACCAAGGAUGGAAAUAAGACUCCUAUUGCAUAGCAUUUGGUUCAUUAUUGGUUUUAUUAUGAGUUUAAGAACACUCCUGAGCUUCUUACCUAUACACUGUGGCUAAUCAAGCUUCUUGUAAAACCUGGAAUGGGUGAAACUGCUAUGCAAUAGGAGUUUUAUUUUCAUCCCUGUGUGAUGCAUUUAAGAUUACAUGGACUGAAAUCUCUCCUCUGCUUCUCACCUUUACUUCAGUAAAACGAAGUUAUGUGGACAUUAACAUAUUUAAAUUAUGAUUAAAAUGAGAUGGUGCUUUAUUGCCACACCGUAACUCUGAUCAAAGGAAGAAAUAAAGGCUUUAAAACUAGUUUGUUUGUAGACAUUAACAUAUUUCCAAAAAACAAUUAUUUUACCAGGCAAAUCAAUGCUUAUAACUGCAUUUACUUUUGUACUUUUAGAUGUAAUAAUAACAUCAAACUACAUUCUUGUCUUUGUUUGUAUUCAGGCAAGGUUGUAUUUUUAUUAUUUUAAGUUAACAUUUUAUAUUGUUAUUUUUUACAAUCCAGAGAAAGUUGGUGUCCCUUUCAUAGCGCUGCAUUGAAUGCUAACCUUUCUAAGUAUUGCAUAAUUGUGAAUGCAACCCAUUAUAGUAAAAUGUUAUCCUUCAGAGGCAGGGCCACCCAGGUACCAGUCAAAUCGUCACAAAACUAGGUUGGCCUAAAGAUUCUUUCCUCAUGCCUAUCGCACACACACACACUCACACAUACAUGAAGGGAAGUAGGAAAGGUUCCUGAAGUUAUAAAAUUUGACUAGAGAUGAAGAUAAAUUUGAAUAUUGUCAAUAUUUCACUUGCAUUGUUACUUCAGGAACCAUAAUGAUUAUUUUUACACUUUCAUGAGGUUUAGGUGUUCAGUUCCUUUUUGGAUGUUUUUCUUUUAAGUCUCUUAAACUGGUGUCCUACACCACUACCUUUUACACUGGUACAUUUUGUGGUAUGUUGAAAUAUCUCGGAACAGAUCUUCAUGUUGCUUUAACACUGUUCAUUGUCAUCACCAGAGGCUGCAUGAAGUGAUGCUGGGAGCUCUGCAGGAAGCACUCCUCCAAGUAUCCAGACAUUGUACUAAUGAGUCAGCAUAUGUAUGAGAUAUUAAACCAAAUGUAUUUAUGUAUCUAGAGUACAGUACAUCUAUUGGAGCAAUCUAUAUACCAAUUCUUGAACAGCUUGUGGUUUUUGAGAUGGCAAACAUUUGUUGAAAAACUUUGUUACUAAGGGGUUGACUUGGAUUACAUAAACAUAACAAAAAAUAAAAAGUUAACUUAUACUCCAUAAA